AUGUCUUCUAUUAGCUCAUUUGUAUUGGAGAGUUGGACUCCAUCAGAUAUACCAGCCACAACAACAUCCACGUAUAUUAACCCUACCCAUUUAAGCAGCUUAACGCUGGUUUUAGCCUCUGCUACAUCAGCUCUAGUUACUGCAACCAAGGAAGCUGACUUGUAUUCUCUUUCGGAAGUCAUAAGAGGAGCGGAAGCAUCCAUAACGGUUAUUCAAGCUGAAAAUGUCUUAUCAACAGCAACUGUCUCACUGGCGGAAGCACUGGCAUCCGCAGCGUACUGGGCAGCAGCAGUAAACUUACAAGAAUUGGCCCUCGAUCAAAAUAAUUACCUGGAAUGGAUUAAAUAUGCUCCUAAUGGAAUAUUCACGGCAUUGUUCGGAUUACUUUUAAUCAUCCAUUUCGGUUACAUGGUAUGGCUGAAGUUUAUCUACUUUGGAAUCUGUAUGUUCUUUGGGAUUGGUUGUGAAUUUGCCGGUUACCUUGCAAGAACGUUGGCAGUUAGCGACACAUCCAAUAGUAACUACUUCUUAUGUCAAAUUAUUUGUUUGACUAUAGCACCGGCUUUUAUUAUGGCCUCUAUUUAUUAUACUUUGGGUAAGUUGAUCGUGGUCCACGGACGAAACUAUUCCAUUUUAAAACCUGUAUUCUACGGGUAUCUAUUCAUCUUUUGUGAUGUGCUUAGUUUGGUUGUUCAAGCCAUCGGUGGUGGUAUGGCUGCAACAGCCUCUUUGAAUUAUGAAUCUCCAACAAACGGUACUCACGUCAUGGUAGCCGGUAUUGCAUUCCAAGUGGUGUCAAUGACACUUUUCUACGGCUUCUUCUUUGAUUUCUUGUACAGAAUCAACUUCAAAGCUUCUCCAGAAGUAAAAUUCAGCUUCGCUAACCUUAUUAAAAUAUUCAAUUUUGGUCCAAGCUCUCAAAAGUUGAGAGUGGAAAAGUUGGAACCCUUUUAUGAUCAAGAAUAUAGGCAUUUAAGAGAUCUGAGACUUUUCAGGUAUUUCCCCAUCGCUAUUACUUUGGCCACAAUGUUCAUUUACAUUAGAUGUGUAUAUAGAGUGGUUGAGCUAGCACAGGGUUGGAGUGGUAACCUCAUUACUCAUGAGGUGUACUUGAUGUGCCUUGAUGCACUUAUGGUCUUUUUGACUUGUGCGUUAUUCGUUAUAAUUCACCCUCUGGUCUUCUUGGGUAUUGGCGAAAGAUUACCAUUAAGAUCCAGAACAAAGAGAAGGUUGGAUAAGGAGAAUCAAAUAUCGGAUGAAAUCAGCGAGAAAGUAAGUAGAGAAGGCGAGCAAGAUCCAUUCUCUGGACAACAACAGCAAGAACACUAG